AUGGGCGCACCGAGGGACAUCGGCGCCUUCGUGGUGUGGGACUACGUAGUGUUCGCUGGGAUGCUGCUCAUCUCGGCCGUCAUCGGCAUCUACUACGCCUUCGCGGGCGGCGGCCAGCAGACUUCCAAGGACUUCUUGAUGGGCGGCCGCAGGAUGACCGCCGUGCCCGUGGCGUUGUCCCUCACCGCAAGCUUCAUGUCGGCCGUCACCGUCCUGGGCACCCCGUCGGAGGUCUACCGUUUUGGAGCCAUAUUCAGCAUCUUUGCCAUCACCUACUUCCUCGUGGUGGUCCUCAGUGCGGAGGUCUUCCUCCCCGUGUUCUACAAACUGGGCAUUACCAGCACCUACGAGUAUUUAGAACUUCGAUUUAACAAAUGUGUUCGUCUCUGUGGAACAGUCCUCUUCAUUGUUCAAACAAUUCUGUAUACUGGAAUUGUUAUUUAUGCCCCUGCCCUGGCUUUGAAUCAAGUCACGGGAUUUGAUCUGUGGGGUGUAGUAGUGGCUACUGGUGUGGUCUGCACAUUCUACUGCACUAUGGGUGGUCUUAAAGCAGUUAUUUGGACGGAUGUUUUUCAAGUUGGAAUCAUGGUGGCUGGCUUUACAUCUGUGAUUAUAAAGGCUGCAUUGAUUCAAGGUGGAAUCAGCACUAUUAUAAAUGAUGCCUCCAAUGGAGGAAGAUUAAACUUCUGGAACUUUAAUCCUAACCCUUUGCAAAGACACACAUUCUGGACGAUUAUUAUAGGAGGGACCUUCACGUGGACCAGCAUCUAUGGUGUGAACCAAUCCCAAGUGCAGAGAUAUAUUUCCUGUAAAAGCAGGUUCCAGGCAAAAUUGUCUCUCUACAUCAAUCUCAUAGGACUCUGGGUGAUCCUUGUCUGUUCCGUGCUUUGUGGGCUUGCCCUCUAUUCCAGGUACCAUGACUGUGAUCCUUGGACAGCCAAGAAAGUGUCUGCACCGGACCAGCUCAUGCCUUAUUUGGUACUGGACAUUCUGCAAGAUUAUCCAGGACUUCCUGGACUUUUUGUGGCCUGUGCUUACAGUGGAACAUUAAGCACAGUGUCCUCCAGUAUUAAUGCCUUAGCAGCAGUGACCAUGGAAGACCUAGUGAAACCUCGCUUCCCAUCUCUCUCGGAAAAGUCUCUCUCUUGGAUUUCACAAGGAAUGAGUGUGCUGUUUGGAGCCCUGUGUAUUGGCAUGGCUGCACUGGCUUCACUAAUGGGAGCUUUGUUGCAGGCAGCACUCAGCAUAUUUGGCAUGCUUGGUGGGCCACUUAUGGGCUUGUUUGCUUUGGGGAUUUUGGUUCCCUUUGCCAACUCAAUUGGAGCACUUGGGGGUCUGCUGGCUGGAUUUGCCGUUUCUCUGUGGGUCGGAAUUGGAGCUCAGCUUUAUCCCCCACUUCCUGAGAGAAUGAUGCCAUUAAGACUUGAAACCUAUGGCUGUAACAGCACAUACAAUGGAACAAAUUGGAUGACAACCGCAGAAAUGCCAUUUUCUACCAGUGCUUCUCAAGUACAUAACAUUGAAAGGACUCCACUGAUGGAUAACUGGUAUUCUUUAUCAUAUUUAUACUUCAGCACUGUUGGAACUUUGGUAACGUUAUUUGUGGGAAUGCUUAUCAGUGUAUCAACAGGAGGAAGAAAACAAAACAUAGACUGCAGAUUCCUACUAACCAAAGAGGACUUUUUAUCUAAUUUUGACAUUUUUAAGAAAAAGAAGCAAGUUUUAGGCUAUAAAUCUCAUCCAGUAGAAGAUGGUGGAACUGAUAAUCCUGCCUUCAACCAUUUUGAAUUGAACGGCACAGAUCAAAGCAGCAAGAUCAAUGGAACUCGUUUGUGA